AUGUACACCGUGUUCACGCCAGGAGGCAGGGACGCGUUGGGAAUCGAGAGGGGAUCUCAGAUCCUGGCGAUAUUCGACACGACCGGCCACGGCGUCGUUUUCGACGAGGACUGCGCGCCGAGGCUGUCCUACAACCAGACCGGAGGAAUUUUUACGGACAGUCCCGCGGGCCUGCCCCUCGUUUGGACUUGGAGCACCAAGCCGGACGAGUCGAUACUCGAGGCCGUGUACACGGAAAGAUCGGCCAGAGCCUUGCAAACGGAAUUCUUUCCCGAAUCGGCGAAAAGUUCCGGAAACGUUAAGACACCGAUAUCGCCGUCCAGCCCGGGAAACAAGAGAAAGAAGGUCGCGGAGGUGCAGAAACCUGUUGUCGAGGAACGACAAGAAGAGGUCGGCAGCAAAUCAAAGAGAGACUUUCCCGAAAAAGACAUCUUUUACAUAAGGAUAAUCUGCAUGAAACUGAACGAAUUUCUCGGCUUGCGAAUUAUCGAUCGGAGGAACAUCUCGUUGCGAUUUUCUGCCAAAAAUAAAAGUAUCAGAAUAGAAUUGGGUACAAUUUUGGACUUCGAUAGAGAAGCAUCGUCUUGUAUGAUUGAGGCGAGCGAUUGGAAAAGUGACAUGCUAAAACAUUUUCUCGUUUCCAGGUGCAGAUUCCAGGAUAAACUGUCCACGAGACUGGAAUCCGACAGCAGUCUGUAUGAUUUAGCCAAAGAGUACCGAAAAGUGAGAAAGCUUGCGAAACAACGUAAAAGUAUGAUCGCCAAGUGCAAACCAUUUUCCAGCAAGUCAAGCACCUUCGCGACAUAAAUCGCACGCGAAAAUUUAAUGAUAUCGCGAAAGAAAUAAAUGUUCAAGUUACGUGAUUGAGAGAAUAUAAGAGACGGAACCAUUAAAAUUUCCUCCAGUCUCGCAUAGUUGAAACACAUAUAAAGGACAUGUAAAGGUAGUGAUUGAAGAGAAAAGGAGCAACGCUGAUUUAUAUAAAU